UCUUCUAAUUUUACUAUUGUAACCCUAAUUCUUUCUUUCUUCUUCUUCUAUCGUCAAAUUUCAUUUCCCAAUUUCUCUGCUACUUUCUUCAUCCUUGCGUUUGCGACAUGGCCAGAGGUUCCUCUCAGUCUCAGUCCUCCACUUCAACGACCGCCCGACCAGGAAUCGCGGCUCCCCGCGGUUCGGCUGCUGCCACCGCCGGCAUGCGCCGUCGCCGUGUUGCUAGUGGAAACAGCUCCACCACCACCAGUGUGGGCGGCGGCGGAGGCGGCAACAUGCUGAGGUUCUACACGGACGAUGCUCCCGGGCUGAAGAUUUCACCGACGGUGGUGCUGGUGAUGAGCCUCUGCUUCAUCGGCUUCGUCACCGCCCUCCACGUCUUCGGCAAACUCUACCGCUCCAAAUCUGGCGGCGCUUGAUCUUACGAUCCUCUUUCGGAUCUGUUGUUCUGAUCCACGUUGCUUUAUUUUCGGCUUUUUAUUCACAUUUGCAAUUUCAGUAUUUUGUUCUUGUGAGAAGUCAAAUGCGCCUUUAAAUUUCGAUCUAUGUUGUUUCUUUAUCCGAUCAUGUAUAUCAAUUAGUUUGCUUGUUAUCAACAUUAGCUUUGUUUUUCUUUUCUAGUCCGAAAUCGAAUUGAGAUAUUCUUCUGCA